AUGCCUGAUUCAUUCCAUCGGUUGUUUAUGCAGUCCUAUGUGACACAUGCUCUUAAAGUGGAAGGCCUUAGGGGCAUAGAAACAGUACCUGCAAGGCUGGAGUCAACCACCCUUGUAUUUGCAUAUGGAGUGGAUCUCUUUUUUACUCAGCUUGCACCUUCAAGGACCUAUGAUUCACUUACUGAGGAUUUCAGCUAUGCUUUACUUCUCAUUACAAUUGUUGCAUUGGUUGUGGCAAUCUUUGUAACGUGGAUUUUGUCCGAGAGGAAAGAACUGCAGGAGAAGUGGAGAUGA